AGCCAGACGCAGCAGGCUCGGGCGAGGCGCCGGGCGCGCAGGCGCGCCGCGCCAUGGCGGGCGGGCGCUGGGUGCCCAUGCCCGACCCGGUGGGGGCGGGGCAGUGGGCACACUCGGCGUGCACGAGGCAGAAGCUCGCGGCCGCCCUGGCCGACGGCGCCGUCAGGGCCAUCGAGGCGGACAUCCUGAUGGGCACGGUGGCGGGCGCCGAGGACGCCGAGGAGCGGCCCAUCAUGGCCCACCCCCCGCUGCGCACCUCGGACCUGCCGUUCGAGGACUUCCUCCAAGAGUGCUUGGCCGACGGCGGGCGCCGCCACCUGAAGCUGGACUUCAAGGAGCUCCGCGCCGUGCGGCAGUGCCUCCCAGAGGUGGCACGGGCCACGGGGCGCCUGCGCGAGAACGGGCAGGCGAUCUGGCUGAACGCGGACGUGCUUCCCGGGCCGGGGUGCCGGGGCAAGGCCCCCACGGUGCCGGCGGACGAGUUCCUGAAAGCCGUGGCGGACAGCUGCCCCGGCGCCCCGCUCAGCCUCGGCUGGAGCGUGUACGCCGUCGCGCGGGACUGCUACUCGCAGGCCGACUGCGACGCCAUGGCCCGGCUCUGCGAGGCUGGCCCGGCCGGUGCGGGGCGCAGCCCGGUGGUCUUCGCCGCCUGCGCGCGCCUCGCGGCGCGCGGCCCGCAGCCGCUGGUGGGACUGCUGCGGAGGGUGGAGGGCAGCCAGCUCCUCCUGUGGACGGGUACGCGGGAGCCCCCGGUGUCCCGGCGCUUGCUCGACGACCUUGGCGCCGUCUUCCGGCAGGCUGGCCUGGAGGGGCGCGUCGGCUACGAUUGCGCGGUGGCCGCCUCCGGCUUCGCCACCUUCAAGGCAGAGCUGACGGUGGCGCUGGCGCGGGUGUGCUUCUGCGUGUGAGCGUGGGGCGCUCCACGAGGGCAGGCUCCUCCUCCCGCCCUCUCCUCCCUCCGCCUUAUCCUCCUCCUUCUCCAUCUCGUUGCUCGUCAUCCUGCGCCUCCACUCCCUCGGCGCGGCCGCUCGUCGCGGCGUGCGGGCGGCGGCCGCGAGGAUCCUAGGACGUCGGCGCGCGCUCGCGAGCGGCGUGGCCGGACGCUCGCCGCAGCGGCCGCGGCCGCCGCGGCAGCAAAACAGGCACGUGCGCGCGCUGUCGCGCGGACGCGCACGCGUCGACCUGAGCGUCGCAC